GUUAGUCCUCCCUGCCGUCGGAGGUGUCCCCUGGGUUUGCCUCGCCGCCGCCGGGUCCCCGCACCCCGCCUUGGCCCGUGCACAGCCACUCUCCCUGCCCUCCUCGCCUUCACCAUUCCCGGAUUUCUGCCGUCCAGGCACCGGGGCCGGGUGAAUGAUGCCGUCGGAGAGUGUAGCUGAGAGCCUGGAGCAGCCAGCUGCGCAGGUGGGGACCGGUGCAGCCUCGGCAGUGGCCACGGCUGGGGCGGCCGGCGGCGGCCCGGACCCGGAGGCCUCCUCGGCCUCUUUGGGACGGCACCAGAGCCGGCUGAGCUGGCCACAGGUGAAGCGGCUGGACGCACUGCUGAAAGAGCCGAUCCCCAUUCACGGACGAGGCAACUUCCCAACGCUGAGCGUGCAGCCCCAGCAGAUCGUGCAGGUGGUCCGCAGCAGCUUGGAAGAACAGGGAUUGCAUGUUCACAGUGUGCGCCUGCACGGCUCAGCGGCGAGUCACGUGCUGCACCCCAAGAGUGGCCUAGGCUACAAGGACCUGGACCUGGUGUUCCAGAUGGACCUGCAGAGUGAAGCAUCCUUCCAGCUGACCAAGGCAGUGGUCCUGGCUUGCCUGCUGGACUUCCUGCCAGUGGGAGUGAGCCGGGCCAAGAUCACGCCGCUGACACUCAAGGAGGCCUACGUGCAGAAGCUGGUGAAAGUGUGCACAGACCUGGACCGCUGGAGCCUCAUCUCAUUAUCCAACAAGAGCGGUAAGAAUGUGGAACUCAAGUUCGUGGACUCUGUGAGGCGCCAGUUCGAAUUCAGCAUCGACUCCUUCCAGAUCAUCCUGGACUCGCUGCUCCUCUUUGGACAGUGCUCAUCCGCACCAAUGUCGGAGGCCUUCCACCCUACGGUGACCGGUGAGAGCCUAUAUGGGGACUUCACUGAGGCCUUGGAACACCUGCAGCACCGUGUCAUUGCAACACGCAGCCCCGAGGAGAUCCGAGGUGGUGGCCUUCUCAAGUACUGCCACCUCCUGGUACGGGGCUUCCGGCCAAGGCCCAGCACUGACGUUCGUGCCCUACAGCGAUACAUGUGUUCCCGUUUCUUCAUCGACUUUCCGGACCUGGUGGAACAGAGGCGCAUUCUGGAGCGCUACCUGGAGGCCCACUUCGGCGGAGCAGAAGCAGCCCGCCGGUAUGCUUGCCUUGUGACAUUGCACCAGGUGGUCAACGAGAGUACCGUGUGCCUCAUGAGUCAUGAGCGCCGCCAGACCCUGGACCUCAUUGCCACACUAGCCCUCCAUGCACUAGCUGAACAGGGCCCGGCUGCAAUGGCUGCCCUGGCCUGGCGACGGCCUGGCUCAGAUGGGGUUGUACCAGCCACUGUUAAUUACUACGUGACCCCCAUGCAGCCUCUACUGCCCCGAGCUCACUCCUAUCCUACCUGGCUGCCUUGCAACUGACUCUGAUCCUGGCCAGAAGGGGAUGAGCUUCACAGGGUGGGGUGGGGUCAUCAGGUCUGUGUGGAGGAUGUAACCAGACACAGGCCACCUGUGCCAGCUGGCCCGGCACUAUAGGGUUGGGCCUUUGAACAGACCAGACUUUCCUGCACGCGGCUCCAAUGGGCUUAAAGCCAAGUCAGGGUUCCUGACAGGAGGACCUCUUGGUCAUCACACUGCACUCUUGGACCCGUGUGACUGUGGGACACGGGCUACUUGUCUUGA